CUUGCUGCUAUAUAUGCUCUGGAAGACUAGAAAUAAAAGAGAAAACUUUAUUAGCUUAAGCUACACGAGACUCCGAGAGAGAGGCAGGGAAAGUCAUGGCUCGGCAAGCGACGAGAUUAAUGACAAACUUGUCGAAGACGCUUAGACCUGGCUCGCCAUCUCCUGUGCGGCAGCAGCAGUACCGAUUCUUCGGAUCUACGCCGCUGCCAGAGGUUUUCAUAGACAAGAACACUCGCGUCAUAUGUCAAGGAAUCACUGGGAAGAACGGCACCUUCCACACCGAACAGGCUAUCGAAUAUGGCACGAAAAUGGUUGGUGGAGUGACCCCCAAAAAGGGGGGUACUGAGCACCUUGGGCUUCCUGUAUUCAAUUCUGUUGCAGAAGCAAAAGCUGAAGUAAAGGCCAAUGCGUCAGUGAUCUAUGUUCCGCCACCCUUUGCAGCUGCAGCCAUGAUGGAGGCAAUGGAGGCUGAAUUAGAUUUGGUGGUAUGCAUCACAGAGGGAAUUCCUCAGCAUGACAUGGUCAAAGUAAAAGCAGCACUUAAGGGACAGACAAAAACUCGUCUUAUUGGUCCAAAUUGUCCUGGUAUCAUCAAACCAGGUGAGUGCAAAAUCGGAAUUAUGCCUGGAUACAUUCACAAACCUGGACGUAUUGGGAUUGUUUCUCGAUCUGGAACAUUGACAUAUGAAGCAGUUUUCCAAACAACAGCUGUUGGCCUAGGUCAAUCAACCUGUGUAGGGAUUGGUGGGGAUCCUUUCAACGGUACAAAUUUUGUUGAUUGUUUAGAGCGGUUUGUUGCUGAUCAACAGACUGAAGGUAUUAUUCUUAUUGGUGAGAUCGGUGGUACUGCAGAAGAGGAUGCUGCGGCCUUCAUAAAGGAAAGUGGUACUCAAAAGCCUGUUGUUGCUUUUAUUGCUGGACUUACCGCGCCACCUGGACGGCGAAUGGGCCAUGCUGGAGCUAUAGUUUCAGGGGGGAAGGGUACGGCUCAAGACAAAAUCAAGGCUCUAAAAGCAGCUGGUGUGAUUGUCUGUGAAUCUCCAGCCAAAAUUGGAACUACAAUGCUUGAUGUCUUCACACAAAGGGGACUUCUCGUGUAAUAAACAGUCUCUUGUGGGCUGUGGCUGAUACUUCGCAUGAUAUUUUGUUUUUGGUCACUGAAAUCUUCCAUGGAACAACUUGUUCUUUUUUCCCUUUUUAGGGAUGAUCAUUCUGUGAUAUUUUUUACUACACCAGACAUUGGAUUUGAUUGUAGCAAUGUAGUUUAUUCAUUCUCACCUCCUUGCCCCCCCCCCCCCCCCCCCAAUAAAAGAACUGAUUAGAACUGUUUUGAACAGGCAUGUGGGCAGAGGCGGAGCUAGAAAAAUGUCUCAGGGGUCAAAACUCAAGUUAAUUCUAGAAUAAAAGGGUGGA